AACAUUGAGACAUAAAUCGGGCUUAUGGAAUUCGGGCCACACUAACCCAACAAGGCAACAAGUACAAAUCUAAGGCUAGUAAGAAAUUUCGUUUUCUAACAUAGCUUAUCUAAACUUGUUACUCUUUUAACGUAAGAUAAAAUGUUGCCUACCAUAAAUCUUUUAAUUGCAAAGUUUUUUCGAUUUUGUAUUGCUUCCUUAAUCAUCAUUUCAACUCUUCAUCGUUAUAAUUGUAUUAUAGUCCGUUAUUAUUAUUUGUGUGAUUGUUUUCAUUAUACUUGGUAUUAGUGUUGCAACAAUAAAAUGAAGUUGGGGAUGGGAAGUGCGUUGGAGACAUUAUGUGGGCAAGCAUUUGGGGCAAAACAGCUGAACAUGCUUGGAGUUUACUUGCAAAGGUCUUGGGUGAUCCUCUUCACUACAGCCCUCACACUCAGCCCCCUCUACAUCUUUGCCACCCCGCUUUGGCUCCUCAUCGGAGAAACUCCUGCUAUUUCAAAGGCUGCAGGUAAGGUAGCAACAUGGAUGAUCCCACAGCUAUUUGCAUACGCGACAGUAUUCCUAAAGUUCCUACAAGCACAACGUAAGGUGAUGACCAUGGUGGUGAUCACAGGUGUAGCCUUGCUCCUACAUUCCUUUUUCUCCUGGCUGCUUGUAAUAAAGCUUGGGUGGGGCCUCCCUGCUGGGGCCGCGGUGUUAGACACUUCGUGGUGGUUCAUAGUCUUGGCCGAGCUUGCGUACAUUUUCAGUGGGAGAUGUGGAGAGGCUUGGAGUGGUUUUUCAUGGAAGGCUUAUGAUUUAUGGGGCUUUGUUAGGUUGUCUGUUGCCUCUGCAGUGAUGUUAUGCUUAGCGUGGUAUUUUAUGGCUCUAAUUCUGUUCGCUGGGUAUUUAGAGAAUGCAGAGGUUUCAGUGGGUGCUUUAUCUGUAUGCAUGAACAUACUAGGGUGGACAAUGAUGGUGGCUUUGGGAUUCAAUGCAGCCGUAAGUGUAAGGGUAUCAAAUGAACUCGGAGCAGCACGUCCCAGAAUGGCAAAGUUCUCAGUUUUGGUUUCCGUAUUAACAACAUUCCUGCUCGGUUUGAUCAUGGCGACAGGGCUAAUUAUAUUUAGAAAAGAAUAUCCAGCAGUAUUUUCCAGCAGUAAUGAGGUACAAGAGCUUGUGGCUGAGCUAACCCCAAUUCUCGCAAUUAGUAUCAUUAUCAACAAUUUUCAGCCUGUUCUCUCAGGUGUGGCAAUUGGAGCAGGAUGGCAAGCUUUGGUUGCAUACAUUAACAUUGCAUGUUACUACAUAUUAGGGAUUCCUUUGGACCUCAUAUUGGGAUAUGUGGUUGGUUUAGGUGUCAAGGGGAUAUGGCUUGGGAUGCUUGCCGGUACAUGUGCGCAGACAAUUAUCCUAUUUUUGAUAGUCUACAAAACCAACUGGGAUAAAGAGGCUUCCAUUGCUGGAGAGAGAAUAAAGAAAAACGCAAGAUGCUGAGAGAUGACAAUUCGAGACUUGAAGAAACUGUUGCAUAGAAAAAGUUAGGGCAUUGUAGGAGGAGAUAAUAGCGUCUUCUCAAGAUCUAACUUGUCAAUUUUGUGAGGCUUUUGCUUGAAAAACUUGUAAGAGAAGAGAAUCAUUUGAUUGAUGGAUGGUAAUCAAGGAAACUAAAUUUAUCAA